AUGACUAGGGCCACUCGGAAGUUUCCUGUCUGCAAAAGCUCCAGUACUGAGGCACCAGGCAGGGCCCUGCUCAGACACGGAGACAGCAGAGCAGGCAGGAGAGCCGGACAGGGCCUGGGGAAGGGACAUACGCUUCUGCUUCAGCCCAGCUGGUAAGAGCUCAAACUGCACUCUCUCCUGACACUGAGGAGAGUGAAAGAGGAGGGGGAGAGCUUAGGAAAUAAAUACCAGGAUCUGCGUGUGUAAGAGAGAGAGAUGGGGCUUGGUAGAGUUCAGAGUUCCUGACCCACUUGCAGAUAAAAAAGAGACGGCAAAUAGGGCACUGCUCAGAGCAGGUUGAGCACAUCAUGUUUAGAGAGACUGUUGUUGUCUUAAAGUUUUGGCAAUACACACUGUGCCCUUUUAACCCUUUACUUACUGGGUUGAUUUAAAUGAGUAGUUGUUAAUCUAAUCAUCUGAAAUAGUGUUAUUGUGUGUAAUGUUAAUGCUUAUUGUUGUUGUUAUUAAUGUAUGAGACUAGGAAUAAGGGAGCCAACUGCAGAUCCUUUAUAUAUCCUUACCUCCAGGCACAACUGUGACGGGAUGGAAGAAAAUGUGACACCUCUUGUAGACAAUUUCACCUCGUUAGUGGAGUGUAGUAAACGAGCUGCCAUAACACAAUCACAGCACAUGGAACCUUGA